GUAGUGAAUUAGUGUCUACACCAAAAAGAAAGAAGCAAGACCAAGGCAGUGGAGAUGCAUCAACAUCAAAAAGACAAAUGGUUGACCAAGGUAGUGAAUUAGUGUCUACAUCAAAAAGAAAGAAGCAAGACCAAGGUAGUGGAGAUGCAUCAACAUCAAAAAGACAAAUGGUUGACCAAGCCAUUUCUAAUGAAGAUUUUAUGGAACUUAAAUCAGUUGUCUCAGAAUGGUUUGACCAGCGUGGAUACGUCAAUAACUUGAAAGUUUUGUACACAGAUCUCCUUUCUCCUGCUGUGUUACAUAAUGCUUCUACAACAAUUGAUUUGUUGAAUUGUUUAACUGAUCAUGAUGAAUUGAAUUCAACAAAUCUCACUCUAAUCUAUGACACCAUAAAAGUGAGCAAACAAUUUGGCUUAGUAAAGAAAAUUAAAGAACAAUUGCCAUCAUGUCCAAUUCCUGCAAAUAUUAAAGAUAUUGAAAUAUCCAGCUUCACACCACACAGACUCAAACUAAUGAAGUUGGGAUCAUUACUGACAGAAGAUGAUGUGCCCAAGAUUGAUCGAUUGUAUAAUGGUGCAUUAAAGAAGUAUGCAGACAGCUGGUGUUUGAUUAUUGAUCUAGAAAAGAGAAGUGUAAUUUGUGAAGAAAAUAUGCAGAAAUUUAUUACAAAGUUAGAAAAACUUGAACUCAAAAAAGCUGUGGAUGCUCUGUGUAAAGGUAAUCAGAAGGAUCCUGAACAUGUGAUUUCAUUAGACCCAGAGCACCAGGAGCAGCUAAGACGAGAUAUAAUUAUUAGAGAUUUCUUGACUAAAAGGCAGAAGCAAUUGUAUCACAAUGUGAACCAAAUGACACCAACAAUCUGGCACGAAGAUCAUGAAUUAGAUAUUGCAGAAGUAUUCACUGAACUCAUCUUAAUGCAGUCUCAAAAAGAAGAGAAAAAAUCAAAAGCUAAGUCAACAUCUAAACAAAAGAAAGGUAGUCCCACAUCUUUAACAAAGGUAUUAGGUGUUAUUAAAUCAGAAGAUUCUUGUAAGGUAUUAAUAACAGGUAAAGGAGGAAUGGGUAAGACUACACUCCUUAGAUAUAUUGCUCAUAAGUGGGCUACUGAUGAUGUAGAUAAUGCUUUUGCUAAUAAAUUAUUGUUUCUGAUAAAUAUUAGAGACCUAAAAACAGGUGAAAAGUUUUUAGACAUAAUUAUGAAGGAAAUUGAUUGGCAAACAUUAAUAUCAAAGAACAAAUUGCCACCCAAUUCUGUUGAAGGCUUUCUGGUCACUCAUGCUGAUGAAAUAGUGAUUUUGUUAGAUGGAUAUGAUGAGUUAGAAAAGGGUGCUAAAGAUCCAAUAGAUCUAUUCAAAGGAACUGAAUUGGGUGAAUGCACCGUGUUGAUGUCAUCCCGACCCGACAACAUAGGUAAAUUUUUGAAAUGGUGUGAUAUACAUAUUAAAGUAAUGGGAUUCAAUCCAAGAAACAUAAAGAAAUAUAUACAUAAGCAUUUUGUUUCAAUUGGAAAAGCUGAAAUUGGUGACUCACUAAUUAGGGAGUUUGGACUUGAUAAUGAUAAUUAUUAUGGUGAUAUUCGUAGUUCUUUAAAUUUAAAAUUUAAAAGUAAAGAUUCUUUGCCAUGGUAUAAUUAUAAUGAUGAUGAUGAUUAUUAUUCUGAGGAUGAGGAUCUAUCGUUUAGUGGUACUCACAAAGAAGCAUUGGAAUUAUGCUCAUCUCCACUAUUAUUGCUUAAUAUUUGUACCAUAUGGGAAAAUAAGAAAUGUCUUCCUACAGAUUUGUCAGAUCUUUUCAAGGAAUUAUUUUGUUCCAAUUUAAAUCAAUAUCAAAACAGAGGAGGCAGUGGAACUUCCAUUUCCCAGUUUGAGAGAAUUCCUGAGAAUUACAGACGUGCCAUGCAAAUAUUAGGAGAAAUUAUAUAUGAAGGUCUAAAGGAAAAUAAACUGUCCAUUGACAAAUAUAUUUUGUUAAACAAAGCAAAUGAUAAACAUUUGGUACAUUUAGCUCUCAAACUUGGAUUUGUUUAUAAAGAUAGCCCUGUUCAUCCAGGUGAAGUAAGAGAGAUUUACACUACCCCACAUAAAUUAAUUUCAGAGUCACUAGCAGGAUUUUACCUGUUUGAACAAAUCCAAAAAGGGAGCUUGAAAUCUGAAGAAUAUGAGGUGAUAAGAUGUAAUAAGUAUUUACAAAUGACAAGAGUAUUUACAAUAGGCUUCCUUUGUGCUGAUGCUUGUGUAUUGUUUAAACAUUGGUUGAUAAUCAGGGCCUCAAAUUUUUACUCUAUAGAGCAGUGUUUGAGAUAUGUGAAGAAUGAAUAUAAAGACCAUGUACUAAAAGAAUUGGAUGAACACAUGUCCAAUGAAAUGAAAGCAUGCUGUGAGAAAAUAUACCAGUCUGUCAGAAGUGUUCUUGAUUAUGAAGACACAUCAAAUGUGCAUUUAUUUACACUUAUGAAUAAAUAUAAAUACCUUGAAUACAAUAAUGUAAAGAAAGCAUUUCCUGUGAUAAAUACAUCCAAUGAAGAAUCUUUACGAAAUUCUUGCAGAAAUAUUGUACACAACACAGUUGUACUACCAAGGGUAUAUAAUUCCAAACAUUUUUUCAGAUAUAUUUCAAAAUGGGAGGAUAAAGAAAUCAAUAUUCUAUCAGCUGAGAUGAAAAACCUUCAUUUAACAUAUAAUCUCACUUCUAUCGAUUUAGACUUUAAUUGUAGUUCAUCAUCUUUGAUUCAUUUCCUAAAACAUGCAAAUAACCUAUCUACCUUGGCUAUGACUCAUUGGCUUACAGCAUCUGAAUUUAGUUUGGUCAUCAAUGAGUUAAACAAGGCUGAUGUAAAGUUAAAAUUAAUACAUCUUAUUAUACAAGGUAUUGACUUGGCUUCAGUCAGUAGAACAACAUUAGCUCAACUUUUGAAAGUCUCUCCACACCUGAUCGAUAUUGACAUGAGCUAUUGUAAUUUAUCAGGUAGUAUUAUUAAUGAAAUGAUGGAGGAAUGUUGUAGGAUGAAUGUAGUAUUGAAAGAUAACAUGCUUAUAUUGAGGGACAAUGACCUUUCAGAUAUCAAUAGUAAAUCACUUGCUGAGUUAAUUAGGGUGAUUGAUGAUACUUAUACCUUAAAAUGGAGUGAUCACUCACUCACAUCUGAUAAUCUAGAGAAGCUGGUUGACUCAGUAGGUGAGAAUGAGACAUUGAAUUGGGAGAGGAUAGGCACGAGUAGGAUUAACCUAUCAUCAAUCAGAGGAAGAACAUUAGCUCAACUUUUGAAGGUUUCUCCACACCUGAUCCAUAUUGACAUGAGCCAUUGUAAUUUAUCAGGUAGUAUUAUUAAUGAAAUGAUGGAGGAAUGUUGUAGGAUGAAUGUAGUAUUGAAAGAUAACAUGCUUAUAUUGAGGGGCAAUGACCUUUCAGAUAUCGAUAGUAAAUCACUUGCUGAGUUAAUGAGGGUGAUUAAUGAUCGUUAUGAUAGUACCUUAAAAUGGAGUGAUUAUUCACUCACAUCUGAUCAUCUUGAAAAGCUGGUUGACUCAGUAGGUGAGAAUGAGACAUUGAAUUGGGAGAGGAUACACAUGAGUAGGAUUAACCUAUCUUCAAUCAGAGGAAGAACAUUAGCUCAACUUUUAAAAGUCUCUCCACACCUGAUCUAUAUUAACAUGAGCCAUUGUAAUUUAUCAGGUAGUAUUAUUGAUGAAAUGAUGGAGGAAUGUUGUAGGAUGAAUGUAGUAUUGAAAGAUAACAUGCUUAUAUUGAGGGGCAAUGACCUUUCAGAUAUCAAUAAUAAAUCACUUGCUGAGUUAAUUAGGGUGAUUGAUGAUCGUUAUGAUAGUACCUUAAAAUGGAGUGAUUACUCACUCACAUCUGAUCAUCUUCAAAAGCUGGUUGACUCAGUAGGUGAGAAUGAGACAUUGAAUUGGGAUGAGAUAGACAUGAGUAGGAUUAACCUAUCUUCAAUCAGAGGAAGAACAUUAGCUCAACUUUUGAAGGUUUCUCCACACCUGAUCCAUAUUGACAUGAGCCAUUGUAAUUUAUCAGGUAGUAUUAUUAAUGAAAUGAUGGAGGAAUGUUGUAGGAUGAGUGUAGUAUUGAAAGAUAACAUGCUUAUAUUGAGGGGCAGUGACCUUUCAGAUAUUGAUAGUAAAUCACUUGCUGAGUUAAUGAGGGUGAUUGAUGAUCGUUAUGAUAGUACCUUAAAAUGGAGUGAUUAUUUACUCACAUCUGAUCAUCUUGAAAAGCUGGUUGACUCAGUAGUUGAGAAUGAGACAUUGAAUUGGGAUGAGAUAGACAUGAGUAGGAUUAACCUAUCAUCAAUCAGAGGAAGAACAUUAGCUCAACUUUUGAAGGUCUCUCCACACCUGAUCUAUAUUAACAUGAGCCAUUGUAAUUUAUCAGGUAGUAUUAUCAAUGAAAUGAUGGAGGAAUGUUGUAGGAUGAAUGUAGUAUUAAAAGAUAACAUGCUUAGAUUGAAGGGCAAUGACCUUUCAGAUAUUGAUAGUAAAUCACUUGCUGAGUUAAUUACUGUGAUUGGUGAGCCUCAUGAUACCUUUGAUAAUUACUUACUAAGACAUAACAAGCCUUAUGAUACCUUAAAAUGGAGUGAUUACUCACUCACAUCUGAUAAUCUAGAGAAGCUGGUUGACUCAAUAGGUGAGAAUGAGACAUUGAAUUGGGAGAGGAUAGGCACGAGUAGGAUUAACCUAUCAUCAAUCAGAGGAAGGACAUUAGCUCAACUUUUGAAGGUUUCUCCACACCUGAUCGAUAUUGACAUGAGCCAUUGUAAUUUAUCAGGUAGUAUUGAAAGACAUCACGCUCAGGUUGGAGGGCAGUUGUAA